GCCGCCGUCCAGUUAGAAAAUAACGUUACUUGAUCAUUUUGCAGCCCAAGGGGGCAGGGGUCGUGGGACCGAAAACCGUGUCGGAGCUGGACUCGGAGCAGUUUGAGGAAGGCGCCGGAAAUAAAGUUACGUGCGUGGUGCCGCUUCGGCCACCAUACCACGGUGUAUGGGAGCUCACAGAGGACAAAAUUCCUUGCGCUUUUACGACUUCUGCGCUUUCCUCGAGUGAAGUAAAACCUAAGAGAGGCGAUACAGCCAGGUCCAGGGGAGAGAGCACUUAGAGUGAGAGAACCCGUCCCUCUCUGCCAUGAGCAGCCUAGUGCGGACCGAGCCGCUGCGCGGUGGGGCCCCUCUGCUGGUGCCCGGUGACUCCUACUCGGUCGUGGUUCUGCUGCAGGGCUACGCGGAGCCCGAGGGCGUAGACGACGCCGUGCGCUCCGACGGCUCUGUGACCCUUGUCCUGCCCCAGGGCUCCGGCCAGCAAGAGUCCCCACCCCGGGGCGCGAAGACCGCCCUGGAGGAGGCGGCCCGUGGCCCCAUUCUCGUGGAUACCGGCGGCCCCUGGGCUCGGGAGGCGCUGCUAGGAGCCUUGGCGAGACAGGGCGUGUCCCCGGAAGACGUGACUCUUGUGGUGGGGACCCACGGGCACUCGGACCAUAUCGGGAACCUGGGGCUGUUUCCGGGUGCAGCUUUGCUGGUCUCGCACGACUUCUGCCUCCCCGGGGGCCGCUACCUGCCCCAUGGGCUCGGUGAGGAGCGGCCCCUGCAGCUGGGGCCUGGGCUCGAGGUGUGGGCCACGCCGGGCCACGGGGGCCAGCGAGACGUGAGCGUGGUGGUGGCGGGCACGGCCCUGGGCACUGUGGUGGUGGCGGGCGAUGUAUUUGAGCGUGAUGGAGAUGAGAAUUCAUGGCAGGCUCUGAGCGAAGACCCAGUGGCCCAGGAGCGGAGCCGGAAGAGGGUCCUAGACACUGCCGACGUAAUUGUGCCUGGUCAUGGAGCCCCUUUUCUUGUGUUCAGGGAAGCCUCGAAGCCAGAGACAAAGAGUUGACAGAACAGCCGGCAGGAGCCAGGGAGCAUAGACUAGGAGUCCCCGCUGGACUGAUAAGUCCUGAGAGGGGCUGGACUCUUGUCAAGGAAGCGCUUAAACGAGGACGGAGAGGACCCGGCCCGCCAGUGUCAGAGCAGUCAAGGGUGGUCACUUCUAGCCCAUCCAGGAGGCCAGUUUUCCAGUGAGGACACAGUGUUCUAGACACUGUGGUUGCCAAUAUCACUCUCUAUCAGUCUCUGCAACCAAAUUAGGACCAAAGACUGGCUCAGCUCCGUGUGUGUUCUCCCCAGGCCUCAGCAAAAUGGGAGGAUGUUCUCGUGAGGUUUAUCUGAAAUAAAAAUAGAAACUGCAUUGAAAAUCAUACUGCCCUAAUGUAAAUGUGAAGCACUGAUAGUAACAAUUCUGCAAAUAUGGUAAUCAGCAACUGCAUUGGGGGACACUUUGGCCAAUUGUGUAUUUCUCACAGGGUGCAGGUUGCUGAGAGAAGGUGCAGGGCAUAGAGGUGACCCCUGGGUCAUCUGAUUUUAAUUCAUUCACUUAUUCAUUCAGUGGAUAUUUAACACCUGCAGUGUCUCAGGCUCUGCCCUAGGUUAUGGGAUUCAACAGUGUGCAAGGUAGACAAACUCCAUAUCCUUCCUAGAGGUCACAUUCUUUUGAGGAGACAGACAAGUACACAACAGCAACAAUAAUAGUAACAAGGCAAAUAAUUACAGGUUGUGGUUAGUGAUAUGAAAAAAGCAGAGUAAGGAGGGAAUAGAAUGUAGGAUAGUUGGGAAAAGCCUCUGUGAGGAGACAGUGUUUGAUCAGAGAACUGAAUGAGAAGAAAGUCUGCCAUUUGAGGAUCUGGGAAAAGGGUGGAAUGGGCAGGUGUAAAGGCUCUGAAGCUGGACAGCUUAACCUAUAUCAGCAGCAAGAAAAUCCAUGCAGUUGGACUGCAAAAGGCCAGGGAAGAGCAGUAGGGAAUAAAUGAGACUGCAGAGUUAGGCAAGGCCACCAUGCAGGGCAUUGGGGAUCAAUGGUAAGGGGUUUGGGUGUAUAGGAAGUGAGGUGGAAGCAGCUGCUGGCUUUUGAGCAGACUAAAAUGGUAGCUCAGAGAAGCUCAUUCACCCUGUGGAUGAACCAGUCCCUGCCAUACAUGGAUUUGUAGCCGGUGUUGGCCAGUUUGAUGACCACAAGAGUGACAGGUUCCCAGGCCAGCAGAGCAGCCACGGCUGCCCAGAUCCCUGACAGUCAUUGCACAAAGGUGGACAGAAAGAAGGAGGUGAAGUGGCCUCCCAGGCCCAGGGUUUUGGAUCACAAUCUGGACAGACACUAACCUGAAUGCUCUAAUCCCAAAUAUUGAAAUCGAGAAAGAUCAAAAUCUCUAAUGUCUAAAAAUCUCCAACUUCUAAAAUCCAGGAAAAUCACAGUCACAGGAUAGUUGCAUCAUAUUAGGCCAGCUUUGAUGGACUUUCUCCAUGCAAUCACCUACAAUCUAUCCCUCUAAUAUACCUUUUCAUUAUGUCAAAUUUUCUUUUUUUGUUUUAAAAUUUUUUCCACUAUUUUAAGUUGUCAGCAUUACUUUUUACGACUUGCUAUGCUAUGAUUUCAUUUAUCCUCCCAAUUUUUGAUAGUUAUUUUUUUCCUACUUUUUUGGGAUUUGUAAUAUAUAUACAUUAUCAUCUGUAAUCAUAAUUCCCACGUUUAUUUUAGCUUUAGUCUUACAAUUAGAUGAGUUUAUUUUCAUUGCCAGAUUUUACUGUAGAUUUUCCAAUAAACUCUUGGUUGAUUGAAAUUUGACUCAUUCUUAAAGAAAGUCAACUAUAUUUCCUGAGUUAUUGCAUAUUUGAAAUAUUUGUCUGUUACACUCUGAGACCACUCUUCCCAUGGGUUGCUCCCAGCCCAUGACUGGACACAGCAGGGAUACUAAGGCGGCCCAUUCCUGGGAGAUGCAAGACUCCCUGAAGGUUAUCUUUGUGUUUUGUUUUUGUUUUGGGGGAUUUUUAGAGAAAGGGUCACCUAGGAUAGAGGGCAGCAUCGUCAUCAUAGCUCACUGCAGCCUUGAACUCCUGGGCUCAAGCUAU